CGAUGCCGGGCCUAGCGGGAGACGCGCGCCUCGGGGGACGGCCGGCGUGGAGCCGCGGACUUUCCAGGCAGCUCUUUGCUGGAGACUACGGCAGAAAGCUCAGCCCAGCGCCCCAGUAGCGCCACGCAAAGGGAGGAGUCUUCAGCCAGCAGGGCUUACUCCAGCCCAGCAGCCGUCCGUCGUCCGUCCGUCAACCGGUUUGUCCUGCGGUGCUCCGGAGCAGCUGGAGUGAAACGGCCCCCUUGAAAGCAGCCAAGGACUCCGAGGAAGUUUUUCUUUAUUGACAAAUCCAUUUGUUAAUUAAGUUGCUAGAGGCGAGGAGAGCCCAUGCCUUGCGGGGAGAAGGAGAGCGAAAGAGCUCCCUCAAGGACUUUGCUCUGAAGCAGCUGCUGCUGGCACGAAGGAAGGCUUGGAAUGUGCAGCCAGCCGCGGACUCCGCUUGGAAGGAGAUGCAGCCGUGGGCAGGUCGCUCAGGUCCUGCCGUGGGCUCCUUGUCUGGCAGGGGUGGCUCUUGGCCAGUCUCAGGCGUGUGAGGGCAGUUCAAAGGGGCCUGCCCCCAGGCGCUGAAGUCCUCUUUUAGGGACGCCAGAGGAGACGCCGGAGGAGGAGUGUUGUAAAGAGAUUGAGAUCGCCGGCACCUCUCUCCACGGGAACACCUGGAAACUCAGCUCAGCGGGAACGGUUGGUCAAAAGGGGCUGAGACACAGGCUGAGUUUGGUGCUUGAGGGGCCGGGCGGACACCAAAGAACGAAGGAUUGGUGCUUUGCUCUUUUCCCCAGUGGGGGUCUUUUGAACAUGGAGGACAAGGGCUAGCAGCCCCUCACCCUGCCUUAGGCGGGCAGCCAAAGUGCCUCCCGAGCCUCCCUGUAGGGCCAGAUCCUUCCUUUUGUGAGUGCCCAUUUUCACAGGAUCUGCCUGUAUGAGGAAGGCAAGAAAGGUGCAGAUUUCCUUGUUAGGGCUGGCACCAGCUGCGGAGAGGCUCCCUUGACUGAUUAAAAGCCAGCUUUCUCCCAAAUUUGUGAAGAUGCACUUUGACCGGCCCGGGUGUGGCCUUCUUCUUGCCAGGCUCCUCUGAAGAGUUGCCGUUGGUACUCAAGAGAGAGAGAGAGAGCUUUUCGGCCCCUCCACCCCUCGCCUCACCUGCCCCCGUCCAUCACUUCCAAAUGCUUUUAACCGUGAGUCGCAGGUGAGCAUCUGCAUUUGGCCAGGCAUGGCAGACCACCUGGAGCUGCUGGCUGAGAUGUCAGCCGUUGCCCGGAUGGGCACCCAGGAGCGGCUCAAGCAUGCCCAGAAGCGCCGCACCCAGCAGCUGAAGAAGUGGGCGCAGUUUGAGAAGGACGUGCAGGGCAAGAAGGCUAAAGGGGAGAAGAAGAGACGGAGGGCCGCCAAGGAGAAGAAGGUGGUCUUUCCUGAAAACGUCCAGCUCUUGGAGGCUGCCAGCCGCAAUGAUGUGGAGGAAGUUCACCGUUGCCUUGCGAACGGCAUCAGCCCCGACCUGAGCAACGAGGAUGGACUGACCGCAUUGCACCAGAGGAAUGAUGGAGUCUGUCAUCUGCACUUCUAUAACUGUCUGGUUUGGUUCUGCAACCCAACAAGACAGACAGAGCUGCUCUUCCUCCCCUUAGAGAUCACCCAGGCCACCAUUGAGGAGGCUCGCUCAGCCGUGGAGGCCACCAUGGUGAAGGACAUCCACCGGCUGGUGAAGGAAGGAGUCAAUUUGGACACCCCUCUGGACCACAAGGCCACCCUGCUGCACAUCGCUUCAGCCAACGGCUACUUGGAAGCUGCGGAGCUCUUGAUAGAACAUCAGGCCAGCCUGAGCGCCAAAGACGAGGACGGGUGGCAGCCACUUCAUGCCGCCGCUUGCUGGGGCCAGAUCCACUUGGUGGAGCUGCUGGUGGCCCACGGAGCAGAUCUCAACGGGAAGUCGGUGUUGGAGGAGAGCCCGCUGGAUGUGUGUGCGAAUGAAGACGUGCGGGCCAAACUUCUGGAGCUGAAGCACAAGCAGGAUGCCAUCAUGAAAUCCCAGGACAAGCAGAAGUCCCUGCUGCGGCGCCGGACGUCCAGUGCCGGCAGCCGAGGGAAAGUAGUGAGGCGGGUCAGCGUGACCCAGCGCACCAACCUCUACCGGAAGCUGCAUGCCAAGGAGGCCAUCGUGUGGCAACGGCGGCAGAGCGAUGGAGAGCUGGAGGACGAGGACGGACAGGCCGACGGGCAGGUCCAAGUCCAGGACCCCGAAGCGGAAGCAGGAGGCCCAGAGGAGCGCAAUGGCUCGGCCCCCCCUCACCCCUUCUACCCCAAGCGGCCGGACCGCCCCGCUUCCUACCAACUGGCUGCCCAGGAAGACCCGGCGUCCGGCCUCAGCAAGGAGAAGGCCCACCACACCUUAGCGGACCUCAAGCGCCAGCGGGCAGCGGCCAAGCUGCAGCGGCCCCACACGGAAGAGCUCCCGCCCGGCCCCGCUGAGGCCCCUCCGGCCCCCCCGGCAGAGCCCAACGCCGUGUACUUUACAGCAGCCAGCGGAGACCCUCCCCUCCUCAAGUUGACUGCUCCGGCUGAAGAGAGGCCGGCCCAGAAGAGGCGAUGCUGCCGGCUGAUGUGAGCAGUCCACUCCUCUCGGGCUGGGCCGGCGUCCCUGGUGCUGAGUCCAGUCGAGAGGGUGAUUUGGCGGCCCCAGCUGUCUGCACCUGGGGGUGGAAUCCCACCUGCCUUGCGGGAAGAGCCCGGCCCCUGGCGAGCCGAAUCGGAACGAUGUUCUUCUGCUGCCUUUCUAGGCCUGGAGAUCUCAGGGAGGGCUGAAUGCCCCACUCGGCGGAGUAGCGGAGUUGGAAGGGGCCUUGGAGGUCAUCUAGGCCAACCCCCUGCUCGAGUGCUGCGGACAAAUAGGCCUGGCGUCUGGGCACCGAGGGUGGUGAUGCCCAGGAGGCAUCGGCUGGGGGUGCCAGGCAGAGAUACGGCGAUGGCAUGUGAGCCGGUCUGCCUGCCCCCGCCCUUCUCUCUGGCUGUGUUCCAGCUCGCUUUCUUUGGCUGCAGGAUGCGCUGAAAGGAGGCCAGCCCAGGUCUUCAGUCAGCACCCAUGCAGUUCCAGCUGCAAAACCCCUGGGGAUCAUUGGAUGGCAGCAGCGAGCCAGCCUUCUUCCUUUCUUUGGCUCCGUUUGGUGACCGAGUGCCUUCUGCAACCCAAAGCCGAUAGCCCUCAGCCCAGGGGCUGCCUAUUGCCCUGGCAGCCCCCCCCCCCCAGGCCUCUUCCGCAGCAGGCAAGGGCCAGCUGGGAGGCCCCUGAGGGGAAGCCUUGGGGGAUCGGAGGGGGUAGGAACUGGCAGGCCUUUGGGGCAGCUUUCCCAGCCUUCAAACGGCCUGUGAAGUGAUAUCAGGGUGAGUUGAGCUUUGGGGAGAGGCUCACCUCUUUCCCUUUGUGCCCAAGGGCAGGUAGGGGUGUGUGUGUGUGUGAGAGAGAGAGAGAGAGAAUGAAUAUCAAAGAAUUUUAAGGCUAGAAGGGAUCUUGGAGAUCUUCUAUCCAACCCCCUGCCUUAUACCACCCCAGACAAAUGAAUGUCCAAUCUUUUCUUAGCUUUAAGAGGGCAGAAGGUGGGAGGGAGAAUGCUGGGGGUGAUCCUGACCUCCUUAGCAGGGGGGUCUCCAGGGCAGGUGAACCCUCCCCAUAGUGCUCUAGUGCUGACUGUGCCUGGCUGGUUGUGGGAAUCCACUUCCUUCUAUCCAUUCCCUUUCCAAGCUCUGAAUUUCCUCCCCCCUUUUUUUACACAAUACUUUUCUUUUUUUCUUUUUCUUUUUGGUAAAAAUUGGACAGUGUAUUUUUCUAAUGGCUCAUUUUUAAUCCUGUUGGCUUCUCUGUCUCUGGUCAAGUAAUAAAGGAGUGCUCUGUCUUUUCCGAGGUCCGUUGGGAACCUGCAACUUUAAGAUGGGUGGAUUUCCAAUUCCCAGAAUUCCUGGGGAAUUCUGGGAAUUGAAGUCCACCCAUCUUAAAGUUGACAAAUUUGGGGGGAAAAAACCAGUUAUAGAUUGGGGGAAAAUGUUUUUGACUUGCUCAAAAAUCCCCUUUCUUGCCUCUCUCUCACUUUAAAGUGUGGCCCAUCCCUUCCCACUUCUGGAGGGUGGGGGGGUGAGCUGGUCUUACUUUCCCAAAUCCUGGGGUCCUGCCGGAUACAGAGAAAGGAGGAUUAACUGCAUGGAAGCAAGAUCUGGGCAAGCAAGUGAUUUUGCUCUCCUCUGAUGCAAACAGGGGAUGCUUGGAGCAUAAGCUGCUAGUCCUCAGUGAGGAAAUGCCCUUUGCCUGGGUUUCUGCCUCCCUACAAGCUGCCCUCCAGUCACCUUUGGUUUCCGUCCGGAGCAAGACUGAGCUCCUAAAAUGAAGUUUUCUCAUUUUGGUAACAUGCCAAUGUUUCAACCCAGCCCCUUUUGGGGAGUAAACCAUGAUCCAAAGCAGUCUUUUGGCCAUCAUGGCAGUUAUGGGGUCUGGCCUUAGCCCUCGAGCCCCUUCCUCUCUUCUCCCAGAACCUCAGUUCGGGGAAACUUUCAUUUUCCUUGCAAUCCAAGCAAGAAUCGAGCUGGAAGGGACCUUGGAGGUUUUCUAGUCCAUCCCCUGCUCAAUCAGGAGACUGAACCAUUUCAGACAAAUGGCUGUAUCCAAUCUCUUUUUGAAGACCUCCAGUGAUGGAGGAUCCACAACUUCUGGAGGCAAGUUGUUCCAUUGGUUAAUUGUUCUCACUGUCAGGGAAUUCCUCCUUAGUUCCAGGUUGCUUCUCUCCUUGAUUAGUUUCCAUCCGUUGCUUCUUCUCCUGCCUUCUGGUGCUUUGGAGAAUAGGUGGACCCCCUCCUCUUCUUUGGGGCAGCCCCUCAAACUAGAACACUGUUACCAUGUCCCGUCCCCCCCCCCAGUCCUUCUUUUCUCUAGAUUAGCCAAACCCAGAUCCUCCACCUGUUCUUCCUAUGUUUUAAAAGACUAGGUCUUUGGUCCUGGGGACUGACCCAUAUUGGAUCCUGCAACAUUAUCCUGGGACACACAUAUCCACCUUCACUCGUAUUUUCAAUAUUCAGCAAAAAUCAAGAACAAAUCAGGAAGCCUGGUUUCCACUCGCCUCCAAGCAAAAGCUCUCUGGGGUAAAAUACCCCUUUAUUCACACCCCUAACGUAUUUAAAGAUCUCCCUCCCCUUUCCCUUCUGCCCUCCAGGCUGUGCAUAUCCGGUUCCUCCAAUCCCUCCUGAUAGGUUUUGUCCUCAGACCUUGGACCGUUUUUGUGGCCUGUCUCUGGACUCCGUCUCUGGACUCGCUCAACCUUAUCAAUUGCCUUUUUUUUUAAAUAAGCGAGGUCUCCAGAUCUGGACACCGUAUUCCGAAUGGGGCCUGGCCAAAGCCAUGGAUUAGGAUUAGGACCUCCUUUUCCUGCUGGUCAUCCCUCUAGUGAAGCGCUGCCCCCCCCCCCAAUUUUGUGUGCCUUCAGAGGUGCCUGGCCACGCCGUUUGCCCAUUUUGGAGUCGGCUCUUUGGUUGUACUACGGGUAGUCCUUGACUUAACGACUGUUCAUUUAGGGACCAAAGUUACAACACCACUAAAAAUAGGGACUUAUGACUGUUUUUCACACUUACAACCAUUGCAACAUCCCUGUGGUUGACAUCCCUCUGCUGACUCGUACUUACGACGGUUGCAGUGCCUGGGGUCAAGCGACCUUCUGACCAGCAAGAUCAGUGGGGAAAGCCAGAUUCACUUAACCGGGUUACUAGCUUAUCAACUGCAGCAAUUCACUUAACAAUUGUGGCAAGAGAGGUCGUAAAAUGGGGGGGAAUUCAUGUAACCAAUGUCUCACUUAGCAACAGAACUUUUGGGUCAUAAAUCGAGGACCAGCUGUAUGCCAGAGGGUUGUUUGGUCCUGUGUUCCUGGGCCUUUUUGGUCAGGGAUCCCGCAUCUUCCCUCGCCUACCUGAAGGAACGGGGCAGAGCGAAGGCCUGGCAGCAAAAGGCCCUUCCGGAAGAUGGUUUUCGGUCUAAGGCAGGCUGGCAGGCCUGGUAUAUUUGGAAAAGCUUCAUUGCACGUGAAAAUGCAGCUUUCCUGACCAGACGGGGGAAAAAAAUCAGCGUAGCCUUUUCUCUCUUCUGUCUUUUUGCUCCUGUGUUUUUCAUUCUGUCUCUAUGGAAGGGGUUUUUUUUUUUUUUUAAUCGCUUGGUGUCUCAUCUGUCCGUCUUCGCCUUCAGGGCCGGCCUUUGAUCUGCUCCAUCUCUGCCGUGAAUUUGGGGAGCUGCAACUGAAGAGAAGAGAAAGGGGCAAAUGAAACCCCUCUCCCCCAGGUGAUGCCUUUUCUCUCUCCUCCCACCAAAGGGACCCCCUCUCAGUCUCAGCCCCCAUACAACCUUCCCCCCUCUCAGCAGCUACAAUUCGGCUCAUUCCGUACGACACCACAGGCUGCCCUUCCCGGCCUCCUCCUUGGCACAGACCCUGCCAGGGUGGCCCUGCCAGGCCUGGUCCUGCUUCAGGUGGUGGUGGGGGGAGACCAGCUGCCAGUAAACCCCCAUUUGGGGCAUGCUGCUGUUGCCUUAUUGCACGGUCUUGGUGGGUAGAUGGCUGCAAAAUCUCUUUCCGGGGAUUAGGACCCCCUCCUCCCCCUUGCAGCCUGGGAGUGAGUGAGCGGGGAAGGCAGCGGCUUCUGCUUUGCCCCUUUUCUAUCAUUAAAGGCAUUUUGGAAAACU